GAGCGUGGGGAUUGGCUGGGCCCUGCUGCAGUGAGAGCGCAGCCGGGAUGCUCCGGCGCCCGUGCCUUUGAUGUGCUUCCUUUGGAUGCGCUCUCUCGCUCGCUUGCUUGCAAGCCGGGUGCCUGUCUUCCUCUCCAGCAUCUUGGCCUCUCUCUGGGGCUUCCUUUGAGUGAUCCGCUUGUCAGGCCGGACACGGCAGCGCGGGGGCUGCGACAACAUGAGCCGGUGGAGCACGGCUGGGCCCUGAGGUUCUUGCUGUCGCGCUGACCCUGUGCGUCCUCACGACCGCCCGCGUCUCCCUCGCCAGGCUCCUCUCUGGAGGGACAGGGGAUGCCGCAGUCGGCCUGGCGUCUCUUCUCCUGGUUGUUCCCGAGGGCCGCGUGCCAAGGCCCUGCCCAGGCAAAGGAGGAUGAGGCCAAGGGCACCCCGGGGACCGGCUCUGCGGACCGGGGCCCCCACGUGCCGGGGAAGCCGCCCAGCAAAGGGGCCGCUCCCUCCGAAAAGAGGCCGACGCUCCUCCUGGUCGUGGGACCGGCAGACCAGUUCACACAGAAAAUUGUGAAAGCCGGAGACAAAGACCUGGACGGGCAGCUGGACUUUGAGGAGUUUGUGCACUACCUCCAGGACCAUGAAAAGAAGCUGCGGCUGGUGUUCAAGAGCCUGGACAAGAAGAACGACGGCUGCAUCGAUGCCCAGGAGAUCAUGCAGUCCCUCCGCGACCUGGGCGUCAAGAUCUCAGAACAGCAGGCGGAGAAGAUCCUCAAGAGGAUCAGGAAGGGGCACUUCUGGGGCCCCGUCACCCACAUGGACAAGAACGGCACGAUGACCAUAGACUGGAACGAGUGGCGCGACUACCACCUCCUGCACCCGGUGGAGAACAUUCCGGAGAUUAUCCUCUACUGGAAGCACUCCACGAUCUUCGACGUGGGCGAGAACCUGACGGUGCCCGACGAGUUCACGGUGGAAGAGCGGCAGACGGGGAUGUGGUGGCGCCACCUGGUGGCGGGAGGGGGCGCCGGGGCCGUCUCCAGGACCUGCACCGCCCCCCUGGACCGCCUCAAAGUCCUCAUGCAGGUCCACGCUUCGCGCAGUAACAACAUGUGCAUCGUGGGGGGCUUCACGCAGAUGAUCCGCGAGGGCGGCCCGCGGUCCCUCUGGCGCGGGAACGGCAUCAACGUCCUGAAGAUCGCGCCCGAGUCCGCCAUCAAGUUCAUGGCCUACGAGCAGAUCAAGCGCUUCAUUGGGACGGACCAGGAGGUGCUGAGGAUCCACGAGCGGCUGGUGGCCGGGUCCUUGGCGGGAGCCAUCGCGCAGAGCAGCAUCUACCCCAUGGAGGUGCUGAAGACGCGGAUGGCGCUGCGCAAGACGGGCCAGUACCAGGGGAUGCUGGACUGCGCCCGGAACAUCCUCGCCAAGGAAGGCAUGGCCGCCUUCUACAAGGGCUACGUCCCCAACAUGCUGGGAAUCAUUCCUUACGCCGGGAUCGACCUGGCCGUCUACGAGACCUUGAAGAACAGCUGGCUGCAGCGCUACGCCGUGAACAGCGCCGACCCGGGCGUCUUUGUCCUGCUGGCCUGCGGCACCAUCUCCAGCACCUGCGGUCAGCUGGCCAGCUACCCCCUGGCCCUGGUCCGGACGCGGAUGCAAGCCCAAGCGUCCAUCGAGGGGGCCCCGGAGGUGAGCAUGACGGGCCUCUUCAAGCACAUCCUGAGGACCGAGGGCGCCUUCGGCCUCUACCGCGGCCUGGCCCCCAACUUCAUGAAGGUCAUCCCGGCCGUCAGCAUCAGCUACGUGGUCUACGAGAACCUCAAGAUGACUCUGGGCGUCCAGUCCCGGUGACCGGGUGGACGGACGGAUGGACGGACGGAGCGGAUAUGCGCAUCGACACUACGCUGCUCUCUCGGGCCGAGCCGUGAAAAUCCUUGGCUCCCGACCCCCGUGGGGCCAAAACCACGUUUCUGUUUACAUGCAUUCCUUUGCUCGGAUUUGCAAUCCUGACACAGCAAUGUAACGCUAUCGAAGCAAGACAGAGCCAAGGUUUCGAAGGGCAAAGCCCACCCGAGGCUUGUUGACGGCCUUUCGGUGUUUGUUGUAGGUGUGACUGAGUUGUGUGUGUGGGUCCGUCCUUCUAAAACUGCUAACAAGAUGCACUUACUAUCAUCAGCCCUCUUUGUGCCCACAAUUGCAUCGGCAUUGCUCCCCAUGUAGCAUUUUGGGGAGGUCUGUGUGCACGGGGCUUCGAAUGCAUCCUUUGCCGGCACCCCCUGGGACCCCUGAGCCUUGGCCGCUGCCUUUCGCUUCUGAUCUUUAAGACGGAUGUUAGACUUUGCAGAAGGACGGGAUAGGGAGUCAGCUGCAGAACUGAGUGAUGGGGAAGCCGCUCAUUUUGGGGAGGUCUGUGUGCAUGGGGCUUUGAAUGCAUCCUAGCCGGUGCCCCCUGGGACCCCUGAGCCUUGGCCGCUGCCUUUCGCUUCUGAUCUUUAAGACGGAUGUUAGACUUUGCAGAAGGACGGGAUAGGGAGUCAGCUGCAGAACUGAGUGAUGGGGAAGCCGCUCAUUUUGGGGAGGUCUGUGUGCAUGGGGCUUUGAAUGCAUCCUAGCUGGUGCCCCCUGGGACCCCCAAGCCUUGGCCGCUGCCUUUCACUUCUGAUCUUUAAGACGGAUGUUAGACUUUGCAUGAAGGAUGGGAUAGGGAGUCAGCUGCGGAACUGAGUGGUGGGGAAGCCACUCUCUUGACCGACUGCGUUUGUUCAUUCAUUCCAUUGUUUUUACUGCUUAAAGCCUAUUUAUUUUGUAUUUAUUUGAGAGGAAAAGAGUGUGAUGCUCGAAACUUAUUUUUUUAUAGUUCUUGUUUGAAUCGUAGUCCCUGCGUCUGUCCUUGGCAAUUCUGUAUGACUUUUUUUUUGUAGCAGUUCCAUAUUUGUGUUAUUUGUUUGGAAACGAAACCACGACUAUUUUGCACGUUGUAAACAUGGCCUCGUUGGAGUUUGUCUGAGAGGGAGAGGCUCUUGCGCUCCGAGGCUUGCCUUACUCUGGGUGGGCGGGUGUGGGUGUGGGAACCACGAGUGGGACUCCCUCCUCCUCCUCCUCCUCCUCCUCCUGGCGUGGGCUUCGUUGGUGGAAUAAUGAUGAGAAGGGCUGGUUGGGAAGGGGAGCGUUUCGGAAAUCUCAGGGAGAGGGAAGGUGUGCUUCAAGGGAGGGAGGAAGGAAGGAAGGAAGGAAGGCGGGAGGGAAGGAGGAAGGAAGGAAGGAAGGAAGGAAGGAAGGAAGGGAAGGAAACUGAGGCCAAGUGGCUCCUCUGCGCCUUGGGAGCCGCUCUGGGUCUCCCUCUCCUCCUCCUCUUCCUCCUCCGCCAGGCAUUUCCUUCCCACCUGGGUGGGUGAUGUAGCCUUUCCCCUUCCUCUCCUUUUGUGUGCCAUUGCAUUUCCUUCCUUCCUUCUUCCCUUCCUUCCAUCCAUCCGUCCUUUCCUCCCUCCCUCCCUCCCUUCUUUCCUUCCUUCCUCUCUAUCUUCUUCCCUUCUUCCCUUCCUUCCUUCCAUCCAUCCCUCCCUCCCUCCCUUCUUUCCUUCCUUCUUCUCUUCCUCAUUCCCUCUCUUUUCCUCCCUUCCUUCUUCCCUUCCUUCCUUCCAUCCAUCCCUUCUUUCCUUCCUUCUUCUCUUCCUCAUUCCCUCUCUCUUUUCCUCCCUUCCUUCCUUCCUUCCUUCCUCCCUUUUUCCCUUCUUCCUUCCUUCCUUCCUCCCUCUCUCUUUUCCUUCCUCCCUCCCUCCCUUCUUUCCUUCAUUCCUCUCUUCCUCCUUCCCUCUCUUUUCCUCCCUUCCUUCUUCUCUUCCUCCCUUCCUCCCUUCCUUCCUUCCUCCCUUCCUUCCUUCCUUCCUUCCUUCCUUCCCUCUCUUUCUCUUCCUCUCUCCUUUCCCACCAUUUGUGGCCUGGAGCUGACCCUCACCCAACUCCCUCCCUCCCUCCCUUCCUGUGUUCUGGACUGCAACUCCCACCUGAGCUUCCUCUCCAGUCCCAUGAAUGCCAGCCAAGGCCCUGCCAGGAGCCCGUGAGGCCCUCCCGUUGGCCGAGAGGGAAAGGGAAAGGGCCUGAGGCCGUGGGAGUUGCAGUCCAGAACACCCACAAGGGAGGGAGGGAGGGAGGAGGGAGGGAGGGCCGUAGUUGGCCCAGUCCCGGGGCAGAUCCAUCCACACGGCCUCUGUAGCCGCCACCCGGGUUGAUGACGAGCGGGUCUCACCCAGCGAGGCUCCGUUGCCGGAAGGGAACCGUUGGCUAAUAAAGAUUUUUAUCCUGCUGA